AUGGCUGCUGUGUUCGAGUCCGUGACAGGCGUCCUGCCAGAUCUGCCGAAUGCUUUCUCGAGCCUGAGCCAGCUCGCGCAAGCAGAAGAAGACGACGCCAAGCGCAUCCGCCCCUCGCGCAUCGGCUGGUGGCGCGACGUCUGGCGAGUGCGCGGCUCGACCAUCUCGCACUCGUGGCAGUCGUGCUCGAUCUUCACGCUGUGGGCCACCGCCGUCGCCAUCGUCGACCUGUCGUACGGCCGCACCCUGAGCUUGACCAACAACGUCACGCCUCUUCUUUCGGUCGUCGUCGGCCUUCUCCUCGUCUUUCGCAACGGGUCGGCCUACACGCGGUGGGACGAGGGCCGCAAGACGUUCGCCAAGAUGACCUCGAUCGUGCGCUCCCUGUCGCGCGCCGUGUGGAUCAACGUCGGUGCCGCCGGGCCGUCGCGCGGCAGGCUCGCGUCGGACGGUACGCUGCGCCCGCACCAGGACGAGGGCAUGUCGCCCGAGGACCACGAGGAUAAGGUCAAGGUCUUGCGCAUGAUGGUCGCGUUCGUUGUCGCCGUCAAGCAUCACGUCCGGCGCGAGUACGGCGUCGACUGGCCAGAUCUCGAACCCGUGCUUCCGCUCAAGCUCAAGGAUGUCGCCCGCACGACUGGCUUCGGCUGGGGCGCUGCAGAAGCCGACCACUCGAAUGGCGCCGCCAACCUCUCGCACACCUCGAACGGCGGCCCGGAGGGUGUCGGCUCCGAGAUCCGCCGCCUGCGCUCCCAGGCGUCGCACACGUCGCUCCUGUCGGCCGAGGAGGCCGCGCACGAGCCCGAGCACGCGCACGGUCCGCCGCCGCUGGCGAGCCCGAGGAGCUUCCGCAGCGCCGAGGUGCGGGGCGAGGGGCGUGCUGCGGGAGGGUGGAAGGGGCAGGAGGAGAGGACGCCGCUGCUGAGGAGGAGGAGGGCCAAGAACGCCGGGGCCGAGAGCACGGUUAUCCUGAGCGACUACAUGGCCAAGCCGUCGCUCCCUCUCCCGCUCAUCAUCGCCCACCAGCUCUCCCUCUACUUUGCCUCGUGCAAGCGCCGCAACCUCCUCGAGGCGAUCGGCCCUGCCGGCUUCAACGCGCUCAACGCGAGCGUGAGCGAGCUCGUCGAGUGCUUCACGACGUGCGACAGCAUCGCCAAGGUUGGCGUGCCGGCCGUGUACGGCAUUCACCUCAAGCAAGCGACGAGCCUGUUCCUGUUCACGCUGCCGCUCGUGCUCGUCGAGCUCAUGGGCUUUGCGAUGAUCCCCUUCGUCACCGUCAUCUCGUUCAUCUUUGUCGGCAUCGAGGCUAUCGCAACCGGGCUCGAGAUGCCGUUCGGCGUCGAUGACAGCGACCUGUCGCUCGACCUGUUUUGCGCCGAGCUGCGCAACGAGAUCGAGCACUGUAUUGCGCGCCUGUCGACAGCGACGGACGAGUGGGAGCUGUAGAGCCUGAGGCUGGUCCUCAGUGGCUGCGCGACGGACGACGAGGGCCGCGCGCCUUCUUGCUUUGCCUAUCUCUCCUCGUCCCUGCAACGACUCGCGGGUCGAGCGCAAGUCUCGCU